AUGGAGUUUACGCAGCGGGCGCAAUUUCCGCCGUCACGAUGCCUGGUCGGAUUGUCACGGCAAGGCUGGCAGAGUGAGGUGUCAAUCUCGCGGCAUAACCAACGCAGGCUUAGUCGCCGACGGGAGAUGACGUCUGUCUCGACGCGGCGUGCCCAAUCCGGCGCGGGCAGUGCAAGAGAGGCCAGCAUCAGGCCAGAGGUGUGUGUAGGCGACGUGUCUGCAAUAGCGAGCGGCCUGACGGAGGGCGUAAAAGAUGCAGUGUUGUCGGGCUCUUGA